AUGGCGCAGGCACGAGAGACGUCGUUUAACCCGUCUUCGCCUCACUCCUCGAGUGGCGGUGCCGACUCGUACAAGCAUGAGGGUACCCCAGAUACCAGACUCACUGCCUUCUCCCCUGACGACAGCUCGGCCAGAUCCAACAAGCUGCUCAAGACUUUGAGUCUCAAUGCGUCUUCGGAUUCCCACCAUGUUCGGUUCCAUGCCAAUCUCUCUUCGGAGGGAUACCUGGGUGGUCCCGUCGGGGCGGAGAUGGACCCCUUCGUCUCUAGCACUACCUCGGCGCCCAAGUCGGAGCAGAAGCUGUCACCAACUGCUUCGGCUUUCCGGCCCGUCUCCAUCUCCUUGGUCGCACAUGGCUCUCUGAACAGCAUGCCGGGAUUGAACAUUGGCCCCUCUGCAGACAUGCAUCUCGGUCUGCACUCGACUGCCAGAUUCAGCACCGAGUUACGCUUAUCGCGUUACCUCUUCAUCUCCGCUCCCUCCAAAGCUGUUUCACUCGACAGUGUUGAGGGCUACAUCUCGAAACUCGAGCGAUGCGGUUCUCAAUGCCAAGGCAAAUGUCGCCAUGUGCCAGUAACUACUGGAGUCUACAUUCGACUCACCAACAUACGCGACGCCCGCACCAUCUAUGAGAAUGUUCAGCUUGGCGGCCCUGACUGGCGUGCCAAGUACAUUCACCCCGCUGAAUUCUACCAGGUUGUAAACCCUGGUGCUCAGUACGAAGCUGUCUCCGAGGGUCAAGUAUAUGUCAUGGCUCUCCCAGAUAGAGGCAUCAACUUGAGCGCCAGUCAGAUUGAGUCGAUUGUCCACGGUUUCCUUCAGAGCGAGGGAGAUAUAUUCGCGUUCCAGCCUCAAGCAGACGCGAUUGACGUUGCAUUCCGAGCAUUGGUCGAGUUCUCAGAUGUCGAUGUUGCCAUAAGCAUCGCAUCCAAGUUCAACGGGAUCUCCCUCAACGGAAUCCAAGUGCUCUUGACUCUCUACCACCCGGAUACUACGACUGUUGCACCAGACCCCCUUGCGACCUACGCUUCCUCGCGGAACCAAAUACAGGAUAUCGCAGAUAUGAUCAAGGGCAUGAGCGUUUCCAAGACGCCGCAGCCUGUCAAUGCUCUGGCCACAGCCGGCCGCCAUGGUCAAUCGCCUCUCGCACUCCAUGUCCCACAACAACAGAUUGCUAUGUAUCCAGUGGUCUAUCACAGUCAACUCCCAGGACCAGUUCGAUAUAUGGUUGACCACACUCCAACACGCAGCCAGAGCAUGACUCCCAUGACGCCCCUGACACCCAUGUCUGGAAGUGUGCCCAUCAUGGGUCCCAUAUACACCCCGCCGGCGACCCCUAUGACACUUCACAGCGACUAUACCAGCCCCAGAAACAUGCAGGUAUAUGGACGUCAAGACCGUCGCCAAAAUGCCAUGAGGGUCAACAGAGCCCCGUACUACAACGCCGCGGGUCAUCAUAACCACGUUGAUGUCAAACGUAUCCAGGAUGGCAUCGAUGUCCGAACGACCAUUAUGCUCCGCAACAUCCCCAACAAGGUUGACCAAGCCAUGCUUAAACGCAUUGUCGAUGAGUCCAGUUGGGGCAAGUAUGAUUUCAUGUAUUUGCGAAUCGACUUCGCCAAUGAUUGCAAUGUGGGAUACGCCUUCAUCAACUUCGUCGAUCCUCUGGACAUUAUUGAUUUUGUGAAUGCACGAGGCAACCAGCGAUGGAACUGCUUCAAGAGCGACAAGGUUGCAGAGAUUUCCUAUGCGAGAAAGGACUGCCUCGUGCAGAAGUUCCGUAACAGCUCGGUCAUGCUCGAGCCGCCUCACUAUAAGCCGAAGCUCUAUUUCACGUCGAACGGCCCUGAACCCGACCUGGCUGGGAAGGAGGAGCCCUUUCCUGACCCGGACAACCAGUCCAAGAUGAAGCGCAGCUGCGAAAAUGCAGAGCAUGUUGGUCUCUUCACUCCCAAUGCUGGCCAGCAUUUCCGUGAUGAGCAGCGCCGCCGCCGAUCACAGUACGAUCGUGGCACCCGACUUGCGGCCCUUGAGGAGUACGACUUUGAUGCCCACAUUCAGCAACAGGGUCUCUACACGUCCCAGUAG